AUGUCAUUACUACUAGAUAGCUUACAUGCAUUAACAAAGAACUACGACAUGUGUGUCAUUGGCUCCAGUAAUGUCGGUAAAUCAACCUUAGUCCUUCAUUAUGUGUAUCAUCAUUUCGACGAAAGUUUGUAUGACUUGGAUGCAGUGUACACUAAAAGAAUAAUCACACCAGACACAAAUGGAAAAUUCCGUGAGAUAACUAUAUUUGAAAGUGAUUUCCACAUAGAUAUGUACACUCUAACUCGAGAACGACACGUUUUAAACGCUAAUACCAUUGUCUUGGUGUAUGCCAUCGAUGAUUAUCAAUCAUUCACUGCAUUAGAAGACUAUUAUGAAAGAAUAAACCAGUUGAGACCCCUGAUUCCAAUAUCAGUGAUUGCAUCAAAAUUAGAUUUGGAUACAAAUAGAGAAGUUUCCUAUUAUGAAGGAGCAGAAUUUGCUAAACGAAUCGGUGCCGUUUCAUUCAAUGAAUGUACUCGUGCAAACGUAAUGGGAGUUAAUCAAGCAUUUGAGAGCAUUGCCAACGUGGCUGUGAAAAUACAAUUAGACAAAGAUAAUACAGUUCCAACAGUUGAUAAUGAAAUACAACAGAAAGAAAAUGAUCAAGAUUCGAAUAUCACUACUACUCCUACUUCCACCACCACCCAAUCGCAAACUUCAAACUACCUGCCACAGCGGUCACUACAAGAACUGAUACCCGUCAACAAUUUUACACAAUAUGAUAAUAACCCACAUCAAGUCAAUCUGAAUAAAAACCAAUUUGAUGCCGAACAAAACACUCCAUUAUCAACACUAACUCGUGAAUCAACAAUGUUGACCAGCGAUUUGAAUGGUUCUACACCCAUAGCACAAACACCAUCUACUUCAUCUCGUCAAAGAAAAACUCGAUUAAAACAGUCAUCUGGCCCACUGGCAAAAUCCAGUCAAAUACAUGCUGAAAAUAAAUGUUGCAUAAUAACAUAG